AUGAAGACGCUACUUCUGGGCUUGGCUUUGUGGUCACUGCUCUCCCAGCCUGGGCUGACCUUCUGGGCCUCCCAGGUCAGGCAGAAUUGCCUCAAUGGCAGCUACGAGAUCAGCGUCCUGAUGAUGAACAAUUCAGCCUUCCCAGAACCUCUGGAUAACUUGAAAGAAGCAGUGAAUGAAGGACUGGAUAUAGUAAGAGCACGUCUGCAAGAAGCUGGCAUAAAUGUGACUGUGAAUGCAACUUUCAUCUACUCAGAUGGCUUGAUUCAUAACUCAGGUGACUGCCGAAGCAGCACCUGCGAAGGCCUCGACCUGCUCAGGGAAAUUGCAAGGAAGCGCAGUAUGGGAUGCGUCCUCCUGGGGCCCUCAUGCACGUACUCGACCUUCCAGAUGUACCUCGACACAGAACUGAACUACCCCAUGAUUUCAGCUGGAAGUUUUGGACUGUCCUGUGACUAUAAGGAAACCUUAACCAGGCUGAUGUCCCCAGCCAGGAAGCUGAUGUACUUCCUGGUUAACUUCUGGAAAGUCAAUGACGCGCCAUUCAAAACUUUCUCCUGGAAUUCUUCCUAUGUCUACAAGGAUGGCUCAGAGCUGGAGGACUGCUUCUGGUACCUCAAUGCUCUAGAAGCUGGAGUUUCUUAUUUUUCUGAGGAACUCAACUUCAAGGAGGUCCUGAGACGCAGUGACCUAUUCCAAGAUUUCUUAACAAACCCUCACAGGAAAAGCAAUGUGAUUGUUAUGUGUGGCACACCAGAAACCUUUAGGGCACUAAAAGAUGGCCGGGCAGUGGCUGAAGACACUGUGAUCAUCCUGGUGGAUCUGUUCAACAAAUAUUACUUUGAGGAUAAUGUCACAGCCCCCGAUUACAUGAACAAUGUCCUCAUUCUAACACUGCCUCCUGAAAAUCCCAUCACAAACAUCUCCUUCUCUAAGAAGGUUUCAUUGAGAAGAAAUGACUUUGCUCAUGCUUACUUGGAGGGAACCUUGCUGUUUGGCCACAUGCUGAAGAUAUUUCUUGAAAAUGGAGAAAAAAUCACCACUUCCAAGUUUGCUCAUGCCUUCAGGAACCUCACUUUUCCAGGCUACUCUGGACCUGUGACGUUGGAUGACUCUGGGGACAUUGACAAUAUAAUGGUUCUUCUGUACGCCUCGGUGGAUACCAGGAAAUACAAGGUGCUUCUGGCUUACGACACCCACACAAACAGAACCAUUCCAGUGGAUAUGAGCCCCACAUUCAUCUGGAAGAACCACAGACUUCCUAAUGACAUUCCAGGCCUGGGCCCUCAGGUCCUGAUGAUCGCCGUCUUCACGCUCACGGGCACGGUGGUCCUGCUGCUGCUGAUCGCUCUCCUGGUGCUGAGAAAAUACAAAAGAGAUAACGAGCUUCGUCAGAAGAAAUGGUCCCACAUUCCUCCUGAAAAGAUCUUUCCUCUGGAGACCAGUGAGACCAACCACAUCAGCCUGAAGAUCGAUGAGGACAGGAGACGAGACACAGUCCAGAGACUGCGACAGUGCAAGUACGACAAAAAGAAAGUGAUUCUCAAAGAUCUCAAGCACAGUGAUGGCAACUUCUCUGAGAAACAGAAGAUAGAGCUGAACAAGCUGCUUCAGUCUGACUACUACAACCUGACCAAGUUCUACGGCACCGUGAAGCUGGACACCAGGAUCUUCGGAGUGAUCGAAUACUGUGAGAGAGGAUCUCUCCGGGAAGUUUUAAAUGACACCAUUUCCUACCCUGAUGGGACAUUCAUGGAUUGGGAGUUUAAGAUCUCUGUCUUGUACGAUAUUGCUAAGGGGAUGUCGUACCUGCACUCCAGUAAGAUCGAAGUCCAUGGGCGUCUGAAGUCCACCAACUGCGUGGUGGACAGCAGAAUGGUAGUGAAGAUAACUGAUUUUGGCUGCAAUUCCAUCUUACCUCCCAAAAAAGACCUGUGGACCGCGCCAGAGCACCUCCGCCGAGCCAGCGUCUCUCAGAAGGGAGACGUGUACAGCUUCGCAAUCAUCGCCCAGGAGAUCAUCCUGCGGAAAGAAACCUUCUACACGCUGAGCUGCAGGGACCAGACAGAGAAGAUUUACAGAGUGGAAAAUUCCGAUGGAAUAAAACCCUUCCGCCCAGAUCUAUUUCUGGAAACUGCAGAGGAGAAAGAGCUGGAGGUGUAUCUACUCGUAAAAAGCUGCUGGGAGGAAGACCCAGAAAAACGACCAGAUUUCAAAAAAAUUGAGAACACGCUGGCCAAGAUAUUUGGCCUUUUCCAUGACCAAAAAAAUGAAUCGUACAUGGACACCUUGAUCCGGCGUCUCCAGCUGUAUUCGCGAAACCUGGAGCAUCUGGUGGAGGAAAGGACACAGCUGUACAAGGCGGAGAGGGACAGGGCAGACAGGCUCAACUUCAUGCUGCUCCCCCGGCUAGUGGUAAAGUCUCUGAAGGAGAAAGGAAUCGUGGAGCCAGAACUUUAUGAGGAAGUCACCAUCUACUUCAGUGACAUUGUAGGAUUCACAACCAUCUGCAAGUACAGCACACCCAUGGAGGUGGUGGACAUGCUGAACGACAUCUACAAGAGCUUUGAUCACAUUGUGGAUCACCACGAUGUCUACAAGGUGGAAACCAUUGGUGAUGCCUACGUGGUGGCCAGUGGUUUGCCUAAGAGAAAUGGCAAUCGGCAUGCAGUGGACAUUUCCAAGAUGGCCCUGGACAUCCUCAGCUUCAUCGGCACGUUUGAGCUGGAACAUCUUCCUGGGCUCCCAGUGUGGAUUCGCAUUGGCGUUCACUCUGGUCCCUGUGCUGCUGGAGUGGUAGGGAUCAAGAUGCCUCGCUACUGCCUGUUUGGGGACACUGUCAACACAGCCUCUCGGAUGGAAUCCACUGGCCUUCCCUUGCGGAUUCACAUGAGCAGCUCCACCAUAGCCACCCUGAAGAGAACUGAGUGCAAGUUCCUGUACGAAGUAAGAGGAGAAACAUACUUAAAGGGAAGGGGCACGGAGACCACGUACUGGCUGACGGGGAUGAAGGACCAGGAGUACCACCUGCCCACGCCGCCCUCCGUGGAGAACCAACAGCGCUUGCAAGCUGAAUUUUCUGACAUGAUUGUCAGCUCUUUGCAGAAAAGACAGGCCUCGGGCAUCAAAAGCCGAAGGCCCGCUCGGGUAGCCAGCUACAAGAGGGGCACUCUGGAAUACUUGCAGCUCAACACCACAGAACAGGAAAGCACCUACUUUUAG